AUGAGACUUAAAUUUCUGUUCUAUGGCAAUGAAAAUGUCAUAAAUAAUCAUCCAUUUACUAUGAAAUCAGGAUAUAUUCCAAACUUUGCUAAUACAGCUAUAGAAAAUUAUAUAUUUGCAACUAAAAUUGAAUUAGGAAGAAUACACUUGCAUAAAUUCAAAGAUAACUUAACAAAAUCAGAAAGAAUGGCAUUACAGUCACUGAAACAAAAUAAAGAAAUAGUAAUUAAAAAAGCUGAUAAAAACUCUUCAACAGUGAUUCUUGAUAAAAAGAAUUAUAUUGAACAAGCGUUAUCUCAGCUUAACGAUGGAAUACAUUACGAACAAAUUGCAAUAUCACACUGUACGGAGAUUUACAAUCUAAUAGAGGGUAAAGUUAAGAUAUUACAUGAACAAUCACACAUAGAUGACAUAUCGUUGAGAUAUCUUUUAGACACAAAAGUCGAAAAAAUUCAAGUUGGCAGAUUAUAUCUAUUACCUAAAAUUCACAAAAUUGACCUCAACAUUAGAAAUGAAAUCAGGAAUAAUAAAGAAUUACUUCAAAGAGUACAAAUACCUGGUAGACCUAUCAUUUCACUUUGUAAUAGCCCAAUUGAAAGAAUUGGCCAAUUCAUUGACUACUUUCUUCAACCUAUUGUACGUCAAUUAUGGACAUUUACACAAGAUACGACGUUCUUCAUUAACAAAAUUGAAAGAAUAGAGGCACCUGAUGAUGUCAUUUUAGCGACUUUUGACAUAAGCAGUAUGUACACAAAUCUGAGUCACGAAGAAAUAAUUCAGGCUGUGUACAGAGCAUGGCCUAAACUUAUGGCAUAUAAUUAUGCAAUCCCACUCCCACCACGGACUGAAUUUCUGGAAUUACUAAGAAUUACACUAGAAAACAAUGAAUUUGAGUUUAAUAGCGUAAUAUAUAAACAGAUAGUGGGUGUUCCCAUGGGAGCCCCUAUGUCGCCAAGCUUAACUGAUUUGAGAAUUUUUGAAAUCAUCUCAAAAAUACUGAAAGAAUUUACACACGCUUUCAAAAUUAUACAUUUGUCAGUAUAUAGAGAUGACGGCUUUAUGUUAUUUGCCGGAAAUGAAAAUGAACUGGUUGACUUUUUUGAAAUAGCUAACAACAUUCAUCUACUCAUUAAGUUCACACAUGAAACCUCAAGGACAAACGUUCAAUUUUUAGAUGUAACAGUGUACAAAGGAAAAAGAUUUAUUACAAAUAAAAUCUUAGAUAUCAAACUAUAUCGCAAACCAACAGAUAACUACCAAUACCUGCAUAGAUCAUCAUCCCACCCAUCGUCUGUAUUUAAAGGUUUUAUUACAGGAGAAAUUAUAAGAUUUAUUCGGUCAUCUAAUAAUGUAGAGGACAUAGAAGCACAAAUUCAAUUGUUCAGAGAAAAACUUCAGAAACGGGGUUAUGUUGCAGACGAAAUUGACCCCUUAAUAACAACAACAAUGAAAAGAACAAGGGAAAGUACAUUACGGUACAUAUCUAAGAAGAAAGGGAAAUCACCACCUUUAUGCUUCAUAACAAAAUUUAAUCCUAGAGUUAAACAACUAGGUAAAACUUUAAGAAAACACUGGCACUUAAUUUCGAAUGAUGGCACAGCAAAUCAACUUUUUAAAAAACCACCCAUUAUUGCAUACCAGAAACACAAGAACUUAAAAGAAUAUUUAACAUCUUCUAAAUUAAAAUAG